AUGGGCCUCAGUUCACAGCUUAGCUGGGGCGUCCAGUCCUUAGCCCCACAACAUAGCGGACCCGCUCUUCUCCUGGGAACAUUCGUCAGCUUGCUAGUGUGGCGCUUCUUGAUCUGGUUCCGGCUGCGCCACAUCCCAGGUCCUUUCUUGGCCAGUCUAACAAACUUCACGCGGAUGUCAUGGGUUUCUACGAAGAAAGCGCAUCUUAUUCAUCAAGAAAUACACCAAAAGUAUGGUGAUGUGGUGCGGUUGGGUCCUAAUAUGGUCUCGAUCAGUGAUCCGAGCGCCAUCCUCACGAUUUACCCGAUGAGGAAGGGAUUCGUCAAGAAUGAUUUCUAUGUCCCGUUGCGGCCGUACACGAAAAAAGGAGGUGCACUGCCGAAUGUUUUCACUGCAUUGGACGAGGAUCUCCACAUGAAGCUCAGGUACCCCGUGGCCUCUUUCUUCUCGCUGUCAAAUGUAUCCAAAUUCGAGGGACUCGUUGAUGAAGUACUUCAGGUUAUAGAUGAACAGCUAGAGCGGCGAUUCUCAAGUCAUGGUGAAAUAUUUGACUUGACUGAAUGGCUGCAGUUCUUUGCGUUUGAUGUUAUGGGAACGAUGACUUUCUCGAAACGAUAUGGUUUUCUAGAGCAGGGAAAGGACGUUGGUGGAAUGCUAGAUGCCAUUGCUCAUUUUAUGAGGCAAGCUGCCCCGAUGAUGCAAAUCCCAUGGUUGGACAAAGUUUUAUAUAAGAACCACUUAGCCGACACACUCAGACCCACACCGGGGACUAAUAUCAUGAAGUUUGUGGGUGCGACUAUCCAGGAGAGACAGAAGCUGGCAAACGAAAAUGGUGAUUUUACCAAGGCUGGAAAGGGCGAUUUUUUGGAUAGAUAUAUCAGUACGCAAAAGAAUGAUGCAAAUAUUCCUCCCUGGUUCGUCACCGCCUGGACCAUCUCGAACGUCCUAGCCGGGUCAGACUCCGUCGGAACAGUCAUGAAAACCACCAUGUACAACCUUCUAAAGAGCCCCCAAACUCUUGAGAAACUACGCACAGAGCUCGUUGCCGCUAAUGUCUCACGUCCUUACCCACGCUGGAGCGAGGUAAAUAACCUGCCAUAUCUAGAUGCAUGCAUACAGGAAGCUCUCCGCGUUCAUCCGCCCUUCGCGAUGCCAUUUGAACGUAUUGUCCCAGAGGGAGGAAUCCACAUCGCUGGUCAAUAUAUCCCGGCUGGCACCAUUGUGGGAGCGAGUCCCUACGUUAUCAACCGCCACAAACCCACAUAUGGUGCCGAUGCCGAGCUUUGGAGGCCAGAAAGAUGGUUAGAGGGUGACCCAGGCAUGCGGAAAAAACGAGAUGAUGGUUUACUGACGUUUGGUGCUGGGCGACGGGUAUGCCUCGGCAAGCAUAUUGGAAUCUUUGAGGUCAAAAAACUGGUUCCCUUCCUCGUGUUGAACUACGAUAUAAGUAUGGUCAAGCCUGAGGCUUUUGCCGUUGAAAAUCAGUGGUUCUUCCGACAAACUAAUCUUCACGCUCAAAUCCGGAAGAUUCCUCUCGAGACAGUACGCUCGAGAGCCUAG